AGAAUGCAGUCUGGUAAACAGACAUGGAAGCGCCAGGUGAAGACCUCCUUACAGGCUGAACCCUGCAUUUGUUUCUCUCUAGCCGUCCUGUGUCUCAUUCACCUUGUGCAUCUAGUUGUUACCUAUCAGCCCGCUGUCACAGUUAGACCUACAGCACCCAGAGCCACGACAUCCUCUCCGGUGUGUGUGCCAGCCAGGAACCACCCAAACUGAUGAGGAUCGGCUGAUUGGGUUAAAAAUAAGUUCUUGUUUCUUAUUUUGCUGAGCGGAAAGAAUGUCGGAAAGGGCCGAGGAUGACGUCAGGGGGGAGCAGCGCCGAGCGGCCAGGCAGCAGCUGAAGCAGCAGCAGAUCCAGCGGGGAGAAGGCUCCACAGCAAUGGCGACUGUUUCGGAGCGGAGAUCGUUGCCUAGUCCUGAAAUAAUGCUGGGACAGCCUUGGAGCAGCUGGGUCGACGCCGCCAAACUCCACGUACACGACGGUGCUGAAUCGGAGGAAAGUUUCAAAGACUUGGGGAAAAAUCGAGAAGCCAUGCGUUUGUGCAGAGAAGACAUGCCCAUAUUUGGUCAGUGUCCCGCACAGGACGACUUCUACCUGGUGAUGUGCAGCCACUGUGGUCUUGUCGUCAAACCACAAGCCUUCCAAGCACACUACGAGAGAAGACACAGUUCAACCAGCAAGCCAGCCUCCACGUCGCCCUUCUCCGUGCCGAGCAGAAACCGAAGUACCGGCAGCGGGCUUGGGUCCGCGCUCGGCUCAGGGACUGUGGCCGGAGUGACAAGUGGAGGCAUCCUUAACCGACUGUCCUCUGCUGGCUCCAGUUUAUCAUCCUCUUCAUCGUCCUCCAAUACAAAAUUCUCCAAAUCAGCCAAAGAGAAACUGCAAGGCAUUCAACGAAGACCACCUCCUGCCUCUUUCAGGGAGGCUCAGCCAGACAAAAUCCCUGCUGUUAAGAUGGAGAAGAUGCAUCUGAAGGUGGACUCAGCUAAGCUGGUGCAGACUCCAUCUGCUCCCGUCACCACCUCAUCCUACUCCUCUAACACCACUGUGAGCUUCAACACUGCCCCCAUCGCAACCUCCUCAUCGUCAUUAUCAUCAUCAGCCCUUAAACCAGGCCUUAACUGUUCCUCCAUACCAAAGCCUCCAUUACCGGCCCCAGGUCAGAUUCCUUAUGGCAAGAUCCUCCUGGCGGACAAGAAGCAGGAUAGCAGCAGCAGUGCCAGUAGCAGACGCCAUUGUAACAAGAAAGUGUCAGAGCGUGAGUUCAACCCAGACAUUCAUUGUGGCGUUAUGGUUGCUGCAGCUCAGAAACCCUGCACAAGAUCCCUAACAUGCAAGACACAUUCUAUAAGUCAUCGAAGGGCGGUACCAGGACGAAGAAAACGCUUUGAUAUUUUGCUGAAAGAACUCAAGGACCGAUCCAACUUUCAGCAAAACGCCCCUCUCAGGGACCCACCCCCCAACCCUCAACCUGCCCCAGUCAACAGACCAGACAUAGAAACCCCAAAGCCUUCGCCUCUUGGAAAGCCCAAAUUUCACAGUCCUGGUCUUCCUCGAGUAAACAGCAGUCCUGCAGGAGGUUCCUCUGGAGAUCCUGCAGUUGUCCACGAGUCGCCACACCAUCCCCAAACUACGCAUGAUGGUCUUUCCAGACCCUCCAGUGAUGAGGGGGAGAAUGAGGAGCGUGAAGAUAAUGCAGAAAAACUGGACUGUCUCUAUUCAGGUUAUCACCCUCGACCGGCAGCUUACUGUACCUUUGGAAGUCGACUAUUCGGGAGAGGCUUUUACUCCUUUGACAGGCGGUGGAACAGAGUGCGAUGUACCCUAACCACGAUGAUGGAAAAGCAUGUCAACUCUCAGAUGUGGAAGAAAAUUCCCUUGGCCUUGGAGAACUCCUUUUCUGUUGCACCUACCCAUAGGACAAGCACAAAUUCCCAUGGUAGCACUCCCUCUUCAGGCUUCCUGGGCCCCCCUGCCACCUUGCCCCAAACUCCUUAUGAGGGCAAGUCAGCGCUCUCCUAUGGGACCACCUUAAAUGCUCACAGCUCCCUACAGGGCGGGGCUGAGCACCCGGCCUAUGGUACCACGCAGGCCCGACAAGUGUCUUCGUCGCCGCAGAUGCCUUCAGCCCACUUGUCCUCAUCUUCUUCUUCUUCUUUAGUUCCUUCCCUUGCCUCAGGCCGGACGCUUAAGUCCCGUUCCUCCAGCAGCAGCAGCACCACGAAGUCCUCCUCGUCCUUCAGGCCCAAGGAGACGUCCUCUGGCUCCUCCACCCCUGUCACCCCAAACUCUGCCAGUGGAGGAGGCGCUGGAGCAAACAGUAGCACCACUAGCUUUAGCUCGGGUAAAAAGAGGAAGAACAGCUCUAUCCUUUCUUCAUCUCACGCCUCCUCUGAAUCCUCCUCUUCUAAUGCCAAUUUCUCCUCCUCCUCCUCUUCCUCGUUCAAGAAGAACUGUGCAAAUGUUGGCAGCUCAGGGAGCACCUACCACCAUAGCUCAUUUGGACUGUCAUCUUCAUCUUCACUGUCCUUCUCUCACAGUGGUGUUCACAGCGUGGGGCUGAACUGUGGCCCAAACGUGCGGACCAACUCYCUCAGUCUCAAGGCGGAGCCCUCUGGAGGUUCAGCUGUCGGUUCCUCUGGCCCACCGGCUCGAGGCCCGCCCUCGGGCAGCCCCGCUGAGUCCAUAAAGCGUAUGAGUGUGAUGAUGAACAGCAGUGACUCGACUCUCUCUCUGGGGCCUUUUGUUCAUCACCAGUCCUCGUCCUCAUCCGACCACCACGCCAGCUUUAGCCACCACUCCUCGGACGGACGCCUGGAGGGCAAGAAGCGCAAAAGCUCKUCCGCUUCCAGUGGCAUUAACAGUGUGGGUGGGGGUGGGGGGCUCGGAGGAGGAGCAGGCGGAACUGGACCAGGUAGACCCAAAGUGGCCAAGUCACCCGCCAUGAACAACAUUCAUGGGAAGCACGGGAGAAGCCUUCCAGGCACGCCAGGUCUACCGAACAACUCCCAUUUACAUCAGCCAAAAGCUCGUCCCUGACAGCAGCUUCCCGUUUCUGCAUUUGAAAAGGGGCAGGCGGACAGAGAAAAGUCCAGAGCAGACUGCAAGCUGUUCUGGACUGCAUGAGGCCUUCUGAAAUUAAAUACACAUUACUCUCAGCUUCCCACAAUCCUCAGGGUGGAGAUGAUUUGGACUGCCCAGUGAAGUAGACGUGGUCCUUACAAUUUCUCCCAAAGCCAUGUGUCUGUGUUUUAUGUGUGUGCUUGUGUGUGUAGAGGCACAGAAUGGAGUCGUGGGGGGGGGGGUCACACGAGGAAGCCAAUAAUCCCCCUACCCCCACCCACAUGUCCCAGUUUUCUGAGAGGUCUUCCCAUCUGGUUAGAGGUGAAAGAAACUAAAAAGGUGUCAUCCUGCGGUUCAGGUUAAAGGCUUACAUGAGUCGUCAKGAUGCAGAACAACUCUGGAGACAAGAAGCCGAUCUCUUCUGUGUACGAGUGCGCGAUUAUGUGACUUCAAGUGUUUAUUUCUACUUUAUCAUGUCAGAUUCUGCUGGAGUUUCUAAUUUAACUACACCCCCACCACCUGAUCUCAGAAGCCUUGCAAAGGAGAGCAGGAGGAGGAGCAAAACUGAGAAUUGCAACACUUUAAACACAAUCACCUUGUUUUUGUUUUUUUUUUUCUGCUCUUCGUUGACUUUGAUCACGUCCCGUAACCUCGAGUUACACACAGUCGCCCAAGACAAGCCCAUUGAGAUAAUCUGGUUUGAGUACCCAGAAUAAUUAUGCAAAGUGUUACCUUUUUAUGAUUUCCUAUGAUCUUUUUACACUGUACUACGAAGGGUCUUUGUAGUUGAAGACGGUUGUGCUUUUAAAAUGUGAAAAGGUCACCUGAUGUGCCCAGUCAGUUGGAUCCUUCUGUCCGAGAGACGACGUGGUCCUGAAGGGGGACACCUGUUCGGAAUCCUUUCAUUGUGCAAAAACGAUAGCCACAAGUAGACCUCCCCCCAACUGUGAACAGCACUUAAUACUUUCUCCGCAGGCACUGCUUCGCUGCUCACAAGGCAAGACAAAAGCUGCCACAUCUUUGCCAACUACCUUUUUAUUUUUUUUUGCGUCAACGCAGGGAGUCUUGUCACGAUGCAGUGAUGUUGCUUCGUGAGGAAAAUCUUUGCGAGUUGUUUCAUUUUAGCCACAAUUUCUACUUAAUACUCAUGCAGUUGUGUGUGGGCUGAUGUGAAUUGUAAUUUUAUUUUUUUCUCCUUGCCCCCAAAUACAAAAUCAGGUAUGGUACGUCUUAACUGGAACAAACUUGCACGUCGCUCGUCUUCUGUGGGAUURGAUUGUCCUUCCUAUAACCACUACCCAAAUCGCUGGAUGCUGGCGUCUCGCCGUAACACAUCAUAGGUGUUAGGUUUGUCGCGGUAGCCAGGAUCUAUGCUCCUUUUUGUCAGAAUGGAGUCUUAAAUGUGGUCAUUUUAAGAUGUUUGCUUUAUGAAUAAGUCCGGGUGAGCUUUAUGGUGCGAGAUUCAUGGCGAUGACUUCAUAGGAACGUUUAUUUUUAUUUUUUUUGGCGAAACUUGCUGAUUUAUGGAAACCCCGCCCCUACUGAUGUCAAAUAGUGUUGUAGAGAGAACUUGUUUUUAUUAUUAUUUUAAGGGAAGAAUCUUUAUUCCCCUUCUGUUCUUGUAGCCUAAGUAUCAAACAAGUAUGGAAGUUGUCCCUGUUUGAGGAUACAUAUUUUGUUAACAAACUGUACAUAGUAAAGUAUGUAUUUUUGCACAGGCCUUUUUCAUACACGCUGAAAACGUUUUGGUACAAAUUUGAAGAUUAUUUAUUUACUAAAAGGAAAAAAAACAAAAAGAAACUUCAAGGAACAUGACUUAUUUGAAGUGGUUCACUGCCAAGUUUAUACAAUGCAAUACAUGUAGGAGCCGAAGCAUCUCAUGAAUCGUGUACUCAGAUCCUUUAAGGUGGAAGGGAGAAGUGUUGCCACUGUAGCAUGUGUCUGUAUGAGAGUUUAUUCACGUAAUAAGGUCUGAAUCACAUGUGCUUUUACUAGAUAUUUUUCUGUUGCCUAUGAAUCAACACAAAAAAAAGCAACUCUUGUGACCCAAUUAGUCUGUAAUUUUGAAAUGUCAUGGCCUGAAGCUGCGCCCGUUUCAACAGCUUCUAUGGACUUUUGAGUCAUACGCUGUGUAGACCUUAAACAUGUUUCAUGAUUAAAACAUUUUCCCCCCUCCUUCCUCUAAAGGCUAAAGGGAUUUAGCAAUCACUGCAAGAGGAACACAUUUUCGAACAGUCCCGACCGCUUGCAUCAUCGUUGCCAAACAAGUAAUUUAAAUCACAGCUUUUAAAGAAUGAGUUCAGCAGCUUUUCAAAGAAAUAUCAAAAUUUAAAAAAGUGCCUGAAUUUGUCUCACCCUGCUUGAGGACAGUAUUUCUUUGGGUUGUUUUACCUUUUUACUUGAAUGUUCAAAGUAUUUAGGUGUUUGGUUUUUCAUAUCUGCCUGUGAACCCUAAAUGUGGUCAAACCUGAGCUCUUAUUUUGUAUGAUUUUUUUUUUUAGUUUUCCUUCAGGCGAGAUGUAGAUUUUGUAAGCCACAGUUUGUGGUUUAUAAACCCUGAUUUACUGAGAUUUGUACGUAGUACACAUUUCCGUUUGCUAUCAAAAUUUAACUGAGAUCCUCAGUUUCCUGUCCAUGGAAACACGAGGAUGAUUUUUUUUUUAUUCCACCGUAGACUUAGAAUGUGAGGGAGAAUACAACUAAUGUCUGGGAAGGAAAGAAACAAAUCCACCAUUUAUACUAUGUAAAAGCGUGUAUAGAUUUUUUUUUUCUGUAUACAUUAUCAGAAUCAUUUUCAGCUGGACUUAUGUAUUGGCUGCUAUGUAAUUCAUGAACAAAACAUAGGUUAGAAUUAAUAUUUAAAGAAAAGAUUGUAUAGUAUAUUUGUUUUGUAACAAGUUUGUGUAAAUAAAAUAAUUUAUACUGCUA